UGUUUAUGAGUUUGGAGGCGUCGGACGAGCAGUUGGAUUACCCUACGCUUCUUGCUUCCGCUAAGGAGGGAUGGUCCGUGCCUUUCACUGCCGGCUUGGACGGACCGAAGGCGAAUGGAAUGACGGACUUGUUUGAGCAGAUUUUGGAGAGUGUGCCAGCACCCGUCGUGGAUCGUGAUGCGCCCUUCAGUAUGUUGGUUACGCAGACCGAUCGCGACGAGUUUGUGGGUAAGCUUUACCUUGGUAAGGUCAAGUCUGGUGUUGUCAGGGCUGGUUCCAACAUCAAGGGUCUGGAUGAGGAAGGAAAGGAGAUUGAUGUCGGACGUGUGACGAAGGUCUUUUCCCGUGUCGGGUUGAACAGGAUUACGGUUAACGAGGCUGCCGCUGGUGAUAUCGUCUCUAUUGCCGGUAUUCAGAAAGCUACUGUCAACUCUACUAUCUGUGACCUGGCUGUUUCGGAAGUCAUUCCCUCUACCCCGCUGGAUCCUCCCACUAUUUCCAUGAUUAUCUCCCCCAACGACUCGCCCCUGCUCGGAACCGAAGGUACUCAGUUGACGGCAUCGUUGUUGAAGGACAGAUUGGAGACUGAAGCACAGACGAACGUUGCACUUAAGUUGCACUCUGCACACGAUGGUAUCGAUGUACGAGGACGAGGUGUCCUCCAUCUCGGUAUUCUUCUCGAGACUCUCCGUCGCGAAGGCUUCGAGUUGAGCGUGUCUCCUCCCACUGCAUUGUUCAAGCGCGGUCCUGAGAACACCCUUCUCGAGCCCGUGGAAGAAGUCACUGUCGAUGUCGACUCUGGAGAUGCUGGUACCGUUAUCGAGAAGUUGAACAAGAGGAAGGGUGAGAUGAAGGACUAUGUCGAAGGUGACGACGGAAAGGUUAGAUUGGUCAUGGAGGUGCCCGCACGUGGUUUGUUGGGAUACGUCGGUGGUGAAUUCAAGAACGAUACCCACGGUACCGGUGUCUUGAACCACACUUUCCACUCCUACCAACCAUUCAAGGGUGAGAUCGCCACUACAAGAAAGGGAUCCAUCAUCUCCAUGUCAGCUGGUGUCGCAACCUCCUACGCUCUUGACAUCCUGCAGCCACGAGGUAUCCUCUUCGUCACCCCCGGACAAAAGAUCUACGCUGGUCAAAUCGUCGGUGAACACUCAAAGAGCGAUGAUAUCGAAGUAAACCCCGUCAAGCAGAAGCAGCUUACCAACAUGCGUGCUGCUGGAAAGGACGAUGCAAUGGUCUUGUCGCCGCCGAGGAUCAUGACGUUGGAGGAGGCUGUUGCGUAUGUUAGGACUGAUGAGUGUAUUGAGGUUACCCCGAAGAGCAUUAGAAUGAGGAAGAAGAUCUUGGAUGCGGGACAGAGGAAACAGGCGGGAAGGAGAAAGGAUAAAGGAAUGACUAUCUUGGAUUAGAGAGGCGUUUAAAAGUACAUCGAUCAUUAACUGAAUUUACCACCCAUACUUAUCUCUCGCCGUACAAUUCGUGCGUUAUGUGAGAUAAAGAUAUCAACCCAUCCGUGGCUAGAACCCCAAAUUACAUCAAAGCCAAAUCCUUCAACCCAUUCAAGAACCCAAGACCAACCAAACUGAACCUGAUGGCAUUCAAUCCCCUCCAUGUGUUCAACAAUCCCAAAGCA